UUAGUAAAUAUACUUACUUGAAUGUUAAUGAAUUUUUUGUCCUAAAAUUAAUAUUGUUGCUUGAGUGGAAAAUUAUUUGUGAAAUAAAAAACGUAUCAAGCUGACAUAGAUCACUCCUAUAAGUAAAAGCCAUGUAAUGAUCUUGAUUAAAUUUUUUAAAGUUCAUUCUUUUGUAUGAAUCUUUUAUAUAAAAAAAAAAACAGAUGAAAAGUUUUAACGUGUGUAAUUUCAACGUGAAAUCAUUUAAAAAAUGAAAUAAUUUCGUCAAAUAUUAGAUUUAUCGUAAAUAUACCUACAUUUUUCGAUAAUGUAUAAUAGUAACAUGAUACUACUUUCGCUAUAUUAAAUUAAGCUUCUGCAAGAGUGUGGAAGUAUUUAAGGAAGAGUAUUAAAGAGGAAAGGAAUAGGGGAGUAAAGAAUAUCUAGGCCUAGAAGAAAUACAUUGAAUUUAUUACGACAGUAAAGUUCCGAAUAAAGUGAUUCUUUGAUAUUUUUUAAUAUUACUAAUUUUGUAUAUGUUAGAAAACGUUCGAAAAUCAUGAUACAAGUACUGAUUUUCAAAUUACAUUUUGGCUAUAGUCUCUCUCAGCUAUUACUGAACUGAAAGCCGACACGUUGUUACAGAUACCAGAUAUGAACAUUGCAAGUUAUAGGUAGAAAGACGGUAGGAAGAGAAUACAGAUGGUAACGCGGACGCCUGCGCGAGAAAACGGCGGCUUGUCUAGUUAGGUUUUGCCAACAAUUUUCCAUUUUCAGUUAUCGGUGGAAAAGGCUAGCCGUCACUUCGAAAGCGUUUCAUCGUUGAAAAUUAUAACACGUUGUUAAAUGUUGUGGUGCUCGCUUUACAUUAUCUAGAAACAAACCGUAAUAUAAGAAAUACUGAAACGUCUUUUAUCUUUAUAAUAAAAAGAGAAGAAAAAAGCAAAAUUAUAAGUACUUGUCAAAGAAAGGUAUAAUCGACAUUUAUAACAAUUGUGUGUAAAGUGAUUUCGAAAGAUUACUAUCUACACGCCUUUUAUUUGACUUUUUAUUCGGUGAUGGUGAAUACCUGCCAUUGCCAACGUAAAGUAUUUUUAAUUUACAUAUUUUGGUUAGUUUAUGUAAUAAGUACGUGGUACUGUUGUAAUUGUGAAGCAUCAAUUACGAUUGAUUUUCUAAAUAAUUCUCCACGAUCAGCCUGAAAAAUUAAUUUUUAAUUUAAUUAGUAUUUAAUAAUUUAAUUUAAUUUUAAGUUACUUUAUAAUUAAUCUUGUGUUCCCUCGUGUCUAACUAUUUGCUUUGUUUCCAUUUUAUAUACGUAUAUUUUUGCGUAAUAACGAAAAAGACAUGUACAUGUACAUAAAGAUUAACGGUCGAAAUUAUCAACAGGUGGUUGGAGAAAGUAAUAAAUUUUGACUUUGAUUUCAACCAAUAUACAUUUAUUAAUAGGAAAGUAUUUUUUAAACAAUUCUUCCAAUACUGCUUCUAAUUAAAAUACUUUGAACAGAUUGCGAUAAUUAAGAGCAGGUGAUUUAACACGUAUAACACGAAGUAUUACUCAAAGUUUGACUCAUUGUCAGAGAAAGAUUGUGUGCGUGAUAGCAAAUUAAAUGUAUCCAUGUAUAUGUAAAUAAGUAACUAUGUAAACAAUAAGAAUGGCAAUGAGUUGAAAAACUUUUCAAUUCCUUUUUUUCUAAUCGAAUAAUUAGAACAUAUUUUUUAUUUCCACUGAACGUUUUGAGUGUAAAAAAUUUUACAUAACUGGCAUCGAUCGAAGGACGAUUCGUGAUCACGCAAUAUCGUUCUAUUUUUGGGGAAUGUUUUAAACUCGGUAACCUCGAGAAACACCAGAUUUUACCACCUUUGAGAUCGGUUAUACGAUUUGACUAAAGUGAAUGGAAUAAAGCGAAGAACUUUUUCAAAUGAGGAACAAUCCAGAUGUAUCGACAUUAUAUAUAUUAGUUUCAGUAAUACGUGUCAUUGUGUCGACGAUAUUUUCAUUCGGUCAGUAACGCAUAUGAAUAUCUACGAACAAUCAAAGUAAAACAAAUUCGAUCAUCUUUGACAAAUCGAUUAAUUAUUUCUCAUUGGCUGUUAAUAAUUGGCUUAGUUCGCAAUCAUUCAAAUAUAAUUAUUUAAUUAUAAUCAAGACGAUAUUACUGUAAAUUGUAAACGAUGGAAUAGUCGGCAUAUGUUUUCAGUUGCGGCUCCAUCUUAUUCUGCCUUAUUCUAAUCGUACCGAAAAAGCUCUCAAAGAAAAAGAUUCGGAACGAAGAGAAACAGAAGAAGAAAAGAAGAAAAUUUUGGAAAAAAAAGAAGACAGAAAUCAGGUUGGAAUAAAAAAAAAAAAAAGACAAAGAACAAGAUAGGGAAAGUGGAACAAUAACUGUUCGGUCCCCGGAAACAGAUCGAUUGAGAAAUGAACGAUUCGCCGAUUUUAUCAAACGGGACCGCCGUAGAAGGAUGGUCGACUACUAACCGUCCGACUAUAAAAAACGAUGUAACCUCGAAUAGUUUAGUGCAAUUAGUCUUUUACAUAUUUUAUGCAAAUAUUUUUGCGUUUGGUGUGUUUGGUAAUGUGCUCGUAUGUUUCGUCGUGGCACGAAAUCGACAAAUGCAGACAGUUACGAAUCUGUUUAUCACGAAUCUAGCAUUGAGCGAUGUGCUACUUUGUGCUCUGGCGGUUCCGUUUACUCCUUUAUACACAUUUCUCGGGAGAUGGAUAUUUGGCAGAACUCUGUGCCACUUGGUACCGUACGCUCAAGGUGUCAGCGUAUACAUCAGCACAUUCACUUUGACGAGUAUCGCGAUCGAUAGAUUCAUGGUGAUCAUAUAUCCUUUCCAUCCUCGUAUGAAGAUCGAAGUUUGUUUAGCCGUGAUAGUCGGUAUUUGGAUAAUCGCAUUGUUGUUCACUUUACCUUACGGGCUUUACAUGCAUCUCGAGGAGCCGUACACAUAUUGCGAGGAACACUGGCCGAACGAACGAUUUCGAAAAAUCUUUAGUUCCAUCACUUCGAUACUACAAUUUGUCUUACCCUUCUUCAUCAUCGCUUUUUGUUAUAUUUGCGUUUCGAUCAAGUUGAACGAUCGAGCUAGAACGAAACCUGGUGCAAAGACUAGUCAAAGAGAAGAGAUUGACAGAGAGAGAAAGAAACGAACGAAUCGGAUGUUGAUCGCCAUGGUCGCCGUAUUCGGCAUAUCUUGGCUACCGCUCAAUAUCAUCAACGUUAUCGACGAUUUUUAUUCACUUGCCAAUGAUUGGACUUAUUACAGAAUCUGCUUUUUCAUGACGCAUUGCCUCGCUAUGAGUAGCACCUGCUACAACCCUUUCCUUUACGCUUGGCUCAACGAUAACUUUCGCAAAGAAUUUAAGCAAGUGCUUCCAUGUUUUCCGAAAGCAAUCAACGGUUACACUCCAAGAAACACCGAAGAAUUUCAAAAUAAUAAAGAAUGUAGCGGAAAUAACACUAUCCAGGAAUCUUUAUUACUGAAUGAAACACAUAUAAGAACUACAAAUCCCGAAGCUCGCGAACUGAUCGUCCACGAAACAACCACCAACAAUAUGUCGAGAGACUUGGAAGAAAUAUAAACUUUUUGAUUCGAUCAAAUUCGAACGCGAGUCAACCAUCGUAAAAAAGUCACUUUAGGAUCGAAAAUAAUACUCAGGAUAUCAUAAGCAGCCAACAGUAGCCAGCAACAACGAUCUUUUUACAAAUGAUUAUAUAAUACAAUAAAAAAUGAGAUUAUUUAUUAUAAAAUAAUUAUACAGAAUGUAUUUAGAAACAGUUUCAAUAAAUCAGAAUAAUUUAAUGACAUUUUAUAAUUUUAUAAAAUAUUGGGCGAAAUCUCGAAAAUUUUGGUUCCAAAAAAUUCCUGAAAUACGAUGUCAAGUUCUAAAAAUUAUCGAAAUUGUAGCGCAACACUAUCAUGUUUCCCUGAUACAAAAUCGCAAAAUCGGCCAAAAAUUUCGGUUUCGAGAACUUCUUGACAUAUUCUAAGAGAACAUAUUCUAAGAAUCGCCGAAAUUAUGCCAUCUCUUGUGCUGUCACAUUCUCCUGAUGCAAAAUCACUAUUUUAGCCGAUAAAUUUCUCGUUUCAACGACAAUUUUUUGCUCUCAGAAAGAAUUUGGGAAUUCACUGAAUUGUGGAUAUUGAAAGAAUUUUAAAUGGUCAAACGUUUUAUUCAUUUGCAAAAUAAGCUGAUUUUAUUCAAUUUAAUUUGCAAGUUUACGAUGAUUGUACAAUUUUACAAUUUCAUAAUUUUCUGUAUAAUAAUUUGUGUAAUUGUGUAACUGUACAAUAAUUUGAUCGCGUUGUUCGACCGAUGGAAUUAAAACAACUCUUCUCAUGCGAAAAUGAUGACGAAAAGUGGUCGUGGUACGGCACGGCGUUUUGUCGCUUAUUUUCGAAUCGCCACAGAGCGCGCCUGCUUUCGGUUAAUUUCGUACGGUGUCGCCAAUAUUCGGCAGCAAAUGAUUCUGAUUGGUUGGGCUGUCUGCCCAUGUCUCAUUAUAAAAAAUUUGAAAAGAUUCAUUUAAAUGGUUCCUUUUUCUACAUAUAUUAACUUUAAUUAAAAUGUAUUGUUACAGGUAGCUUUUAACUACUCGUUACUCCAUGACAGACUGUUAGUGUGGCUAGAGCUAGUAGGCAUAAUUAACACUUAUCUAUGGUUAAAAGCAAAAACAAGAUGGUGUGGUCAUCAAUGAAGAAGAGAAUAGGCAUAACAUGAAAUACUUUUUCGUGUCCAACAAUUUAGGCAUUAUAUAACUAUAAAUUCGUAAAUUAUUAUUUAAGCGCAAAGAAAGAAUUCUAAGCAUCUAUAGCGUAUUGCAUUUAUACAGAUUAAAUUAACGGUUGAUCAAAACAGUAAUUUUGAACAGUAGCUAUUAUAUUCUCAACUUCCUAACAUUCUGACAUAAAUAGACGACCACUACGUGUUAUAAUUAUGUAUUAUAUCGCAAAUAAUAUAAGGUAAUCGGCUGCAACCGCGAUUAUAUUUUUAUAUAAUUAGAAAACUUAUUAAGCUGUUAAUGAAAAUAUGAUUGAUUCCUAGAUUCUGGAUUGGCUUUUUUUUGAUAAUAUGUAGUGAAGCAUCGUGCAAGUAUUCAUAUACUUCAUUUGUGAUUAUAGGACAUCCCGUUCUAUAAUUUAUUUGUAAUUUUGUACAAGACUUUAGUCUUAAUUCAAACCACUCUUAUACUGAAUUUGUAAUGUCGCAUGUGACACAAAAGUGGUACGGGAGUCCCAAAACGUAGGACACGAAAAUCAAAGAAAAAAUUUCCUCUCUGGACAUAUCACAAUGUCACUCUAUUCUGUGCAUGAAACGCUUAAUGAAGGACAUCACAGCAAGAAGCAUAAUCUUACGGAUCAAUUCAUAAAUAGCUCUUAUUGUUAAUAAUAAAUUAUUUUUUUCAUGCAUAUGCGCGUUAAAAUAUAUGUAUAAAAUGUUUUUUAUAGGAAAUGAUAAUAGUUGACUGUAAAAACAUUUAGAUAUUUUUAUUAACAUUUUUACAUUUCUUUUUAAUAGUUAUAUUAUGAUCUGUGCCUCGCAUUUAUUUUGUACAAAGCUGUAACAUGUAGGGGAGACAGUAAUAAAUCUUGUUGCAAGUUAAUCGCAUUAAACGUCCUUAGUUCUUUCGGAAUAUUUUCAUUUGGCAAAUUGUAAUUUUUCCCUUCAUUCUUUGCAUUCAUGUUUACAUAUAUUAUGUAUGUCGUGUGCAUGCAUAAUAUAUACUGUAUGUACAUACAUAUACACAUUCAUGUUAUUAUAUUUAUUAUACGCAGAAAUAUUUAGUUGCAAAUAUUUUGAUGGUGUCAAUCAAAAUCAA